GCCGGCCGCGCAGGGGGCAGGAGCAAACCGAGCCACAAAGGGCUCUUCGCCAAAGAACUCCGAAGCCUCAUGUACGGGUUCGGCGACGACCGCAACCCUGCGAACGACACCGUGAACGUCAUGGAAGAGAUCCUGAUCGAGUACAUCAUCGACGUCUGCCAGACGGCGGCGGGUCCCACGCGCAAGACGCGGCUGUCGGUCGAGGACCUGCGCCGCGCCCUGUCGCGGCCCGCGGACGCGAAGAAACUCGCCCGGAUGGAGGAACUCUUGUUCAUGCAGGAAGACAUCAAGCGGGCGCGUGCC